AAUCUUGGGAAUUUUAUCAGCCGUGACGAUUGUGUGAUAAAUGACGAUCCGUUAUAUCAUUACUUGUGUCAUAACGUGAUUUUUUGUUUGAUUUACCGGUUGAUAAGACUUGACGUUGUCGAUUCACGGCGGCGCCGUCAAAAACGUGAUCAGCACGUCACAGUCACAGAUUUUCGACGUGAAAGUCUUUUAAAUGACCUAGACGAGACAAAACCAGAAAGAUGUUGCGCACGUUUGUUGUACGAAGUGAGUUAGCGAAAGGCGCUCUCAGAAAAGUUGUCCGGUCGAAUAUUGUCAGAACUCUGACUGUAGAAUGCACAAAAAGGCGGAAUAACCACAGAUCGCUUCUCCUGAGAGAAAACAGGGCGCUGCAAUGGCACGGCCCUUCGGUGAACCCCCUCCGGCGUUACGCAACCGAAUACCCCCCUCACACCAAAGUCCUCCUCCCGGCCCUGUCCCCGACCAUGGAGCUGGGGACCAUCGUCAGCUGGGACAAGAAGGAGGGCGACCGCUUGAACGAAGGCGACCUCUUGGCCGAAAUCGAGACUGACAAAGCCACCAUGGGCUUCGAGACCCCCGAGGAGGGCUACCUUGCGAAAAUCCUCGUCCCGGCGGGCACCAAAGACGUCCCCAUCGGCAAACUAGUCUGUAUUAUUGUGGAAAAUGAGGCCGACGUGGCCGCGUUCAAAGACUUCAAGGACGAUGGCGCCGCCGCCGCGCCCCCCAAGCCAGCGGCGACCCCGGCGCCGGAGGCCCCCGCCGCCGCGCCGACGCCGCCCCCGGUGCCCGCCUCCCCCGUGCCACCGCCCGCGGCAAGCGACCGUGUCUACGUCAGUCCAAUGGCCAAGCGAUUAGCCGAGCAACGCAACAUCCGGUUGCAGGGCAAGGGGACGGGGCUGUUUGGGUCCGUCACCUCGGCCGACCUCGAGGGGAUGGCGGCCGGGGCGCCGGCGGCGGCGCCGCCGCCCCCAGGUUCAGAUAAUGUUCCCAGUGGGGCCCCCUAUGUUGAUAUCCCCGUGUCGGGGAUGCGCAGCACCAUCGCCAAGCGGUUGGUGCAGUCCAAGCAAAACGUUCCGCACUAUUAUCUCACCAUUGAGUGCAAUGUUGAUAAGUUGUUGAAGUUGAGGAGUCGGUUUAAUAAGAAGUUUGAAAAGGAGGGGGUGAAGUUGAGUGUGAAUGAUUUUAUUAUUAAGGCGGUGGCGCUGGCUUGUAAGAAGGUGCCGGAGGCGAACUCGGCCUGGAUGGACUCUGUUAUAAGACAAUACUCUUCAGUGGACGUGAGUGUGGCUGUGUCCACUGACCGUGGCCUGAUCACCCCCAUAGUCUUUGGAGCAGACGGGAAGGGUGUCCUUGAUAUCAAUAAAAUAGUUAAGUCGUUGGCGGCGAAAGCGCGCGACGGGAAGCUCCAGCCGCAGGAGUACCAAGGGGGCACUAUAAGUGUCUCAAAUUUGGGAAUGUUUGGAGUUGAUCAAUUCUGUGCCAUUAUAAACCCGCCACAAAGCUGUAUUUUAGCAGUUGGUACCACUGCCAAGCGAUUAGUGCCCGACGAGUCGGAGAAAGGAUUUAAGGAAUCCCAGUUCAUAUCGGUGACGUUGAGCAGCGAUCACAGAGUCGUUGACGGGGCUGUCGGGGCGCAGUGGUUGAAGUGGUUGCGCCAGUUCUUAGAAGACCCAGAGUCGAUGAUUCUUUAAAUUAUUGAAAUAUUUGUUAAAUUUGUCAUUUUCAUCAUACAUUUUCGUGCCGUUUUUCCGAGGUGGACGAGGUGUUGCCUGCUGGUGUAGAGAAGAAAUCUUCCAUCUGUAUAUUUUUGCAUUUACGAUAAGUUUUAUAGCGGAUCUUGCACCACAGGUCUAGUUCGAGGGGCUGGUAAUCAUCCACAUUGUGUUAUCACGAACACUUUCAUUGCUGAUGUUUAUAUAAAAAGUUGUAAUUUUUGUUGAGCAAGUGUAUUUAUGUAUUUAAGUAUAAAUAAACUAAUUGUACAUAG